AUGCUGUUGUUGGUGUUGCCCUGGUUCUUCCCGUCGGUUCUCGCCGCUCAAUCCACCCCCAUACCUCCACUUCUGCGCGAUCUGGAGUUUGGGCAGGUCAACUUUCUUCAUACAACCGAUACUCAUGGCUGGCUAGCCGGUCAUUUGCAGGAACCAUCGUUUUCGGCAGAUUGGGGCGACUAUAUCUCAUUUGCGACGCGCAUUCGAGAAAAGGUGGAGGCACAGGGCCAAGACCUGCUGGUAAUAGAUACAGGUGAUCGCGUUGAAGGUAAUGGUCUCUACGAUUCAGAUGAACCCAAGGGCGUCUGGUUAUCAGAGAUCUUUCGCCAUCAACAUAUCGACAUAAUAACUUCUGGAAACCAUGAACUGUACAAGCAUAAUACUUCGGAAAGGGAGUUGAUGGUCACAGUUCCAAAUUUCCGGGGCUAUUAUCUGGCCUCUAAUAUCGACAUUUACCAUCCUCAAACCAAAGAGCUGGUUCCGUUGGCCCCGCGAUUCAAGAAAUUUACCACAAAAUUGCAGGGCAUUCGUAUCGUAGCUUUUGGUUUUCUCUUUGAUUUCACCGGCAACUACCAGAAUACCGCAGUGCGGACAGUGGAAGAGACUAUCCUGCAGGACUGGUUCCAGGAAGCCAUCCAGGACAAAGAUGUGGAUCUAUUCCUAGUAGCAGGCCAUGUUCCAGCUCAUUCGCCAGAAUACCGAGCGAUCUUCAAAGCUAUUCGAAAAAUUCAUUGGGACAUACCAAUUCAGUUCUUCGGGGGACAUCAACAUAUUCGAGACUAUGCACAAUAUGAUUCCAAAGCUGUCGCUCUUGCAAGUGGCCGUUUCAUGGAAACCAUCGGCUUCAUGUCCAUUGAUGGUCUCUCUACCACGGAUUCGCCUAGAAUAAAAAGAAGCCCCGUAUUUAAGCGGCGAUACAUUGACAACAAUCUCUUCUCAUUUCAUCACCACACUGGCCUUGAUGAAAACUCGUUUCCCACCGAGGAAGGUCGCAAUGUUUCUCAGUUGAUUUCUAAGGCACGGAGCGCCCUUGACCUAGACGAGGUCCAUGGCUGUGCUCCACGCGAUCUUUGGAUGUCCCGGGUUCCGUACCCCCACCAGGACAGCGUCUAUACUUGGCUAGAGACCGAGUUGCUAGCUGAUUCACUAAGAGACGAAUCUCGCGGUGAAGUCCCCUCCGUGGCUAUUAUGAAUUCGGGAGCAAUACGUUUCGACAUUUUCCAGGGCCCGUUCACCCAGGAUACUACAUUCAUCAUCUCUCCGUUUACGAAUAGAUUUCGCUAUGUGAAGGAUGUGCCCUAUGAGAAGGUGCAGCUGAUUAUGGAGGUACUAAACAAACAGACAAGAAUCUUAGAGACAACAGAGCACGAGAAUGACCCGACAGUUGUCGCUCAAACACAUACCCAGAUGAGCCCAUCAAUCCCUCUUGCACCGCCGGAGCAGCUAGCAUACACAGAGGACAAAGUGGUCGAUGAUUCGCAGGAUUGGUUACUUAACCUUGAGGGAUCUCGUUACUCCCAAGCUCCUCUUUCUUCCAAUGGACAUGAGCACAAGCUCGUGCCGGGAUACACAACCCAGGAUGACGCGGGUCACGAUGGAGAUGAUACGGUUCAUCUUCCCGUCUCAUUCUACCAGGUGCCAAACUGUAUACAAGCAUUGCUGUUUGCAAAUCAAUCAGCGGUGCCAGAGACAGUAGAUUUUAUCUACAUUGAGUUCGUGCAACCGCAUGUGACUCUAGCUGCUAAAUUUGCGGGCCUCGAUGUCGAUUUUGAAAAGGACAGCGAAGAGUACAUGCCGUCAUCCACCUUGACGGAUAUGAUUCUCGCCUGGGUGAAGAAGCACUGGAAGUGCAAGUGA